UGUAUGCUAAAAAUUGGGUUUUCUAGGAAUGGGCCACUUGGCAGCCGUGGUAUUUGCUGCUGUGGAGGACAGAGACAGCCAAGGCUGAGCUUCACUCAGCUCCAGAGCCCUAAUUACACCCCUGACUUUAUAAAAAUGCUUGGCUGGAGGUGGGCCCAGCAGCCCAACACCAUUAAUUAAUGAAACACAAAUACAGGCAGGGCAGGGGGACAGCAGGAAAAGUGAGUUGUCCUUUACACCCAAAGGGCCCCCAAACCCAAUCAGAUGGAGCUGGGGCUGCAAAGAUGCCAAAUUCCUGGUAAAAAGCAGUGCUGGAGACCCACAGAGAGCCUGGGGAUGCUCCCACGAGUGGGGAAAACCAGGCAAGGACAUUUCUGAGCAGUCUGGUGCUCCUGUUACACAGCAGAGACUGGGCUUUAUUGCCAGAGUUGCAAAAAACUGUCAAUAAAAUUUUAAAAAGCAACAAUAAAUGUAUGAAAGUCCCAGAACACAUCCAACAGCUCAGCUGAUGUGCAAACUUGUGGGAGCUUCCUGCAGUGUAUUGCGAAAACCACCAAACCCAGAGGUGAUAUUUUGAUUUAAUUAAUCCCCCCCCCCCUUCAUGGCUUUUCCUGUAGCGACCUGCUGGGAAAUUAUUUUCUGAAAAGCAUCAGGGCUGGAGGCUGCAGGGCUGGAAAUUGGGAUAAAAAAAGCAAAUGCACACAAGAGGGCCCCUGCAACCUCCGGUGCUUGGGAUCCCAUUUCACAGCGGUUUCAUCUCUGUGGUAGGGCGGGAAAACAAGGGGAUUAAUUGAUGGCUCUGUGCACAGCAUGUCCCAGCUGCCACCUAGUGCUCAUCCCCGACACAGGGACACGGGGACAUGGCGGGCAUCGCAAGGGGGACAUCGGGGUGGGCGUGUCCCCGUGCUCAGCAAUUUGGGGGACAUCGGGAUGGGCUUGUCCUAGUGCACAGUAACACAGGGAACAACGGUGUGGGCUUGAGCUGGUUCUGAAAAACCCGGGGACAUCGGGGUGGGCUUGUGACACUGCAGAAGAACUCGGGGACAUCGGGGUGGGCUUGUGUCACUGCACAAGGACCCGGGGGACAUCGGGGUGGGCUUGUGUCACUGCACAAGAACCCGGGGGACAUCGGGAUGAACUUGUGACACUGCACAAGGACCCGGGGGACAUCGGGGUGGGCUUGUGCCGGUGCACAACAAUUUGGGGGGACACGGGAUGUUCUUGUGGCAGUGCACAGUAGCUCCAGGGGUCUCGGGCUCUGUCCCCAAGCCCCCGGGGGUGACGCAAGCACCGUGAUGUCACAGAGCCCGGGGAGGGGACACUGGGGGAGGUGCCCGGUGAGGCCGUGGAGGGGCGGGCGGAGCGGGACCGACCCUGGCGGAUCCUUCUUCCUCCUCCUCCUCCUUCUCCUCCCUUUCCUCCCUCCUCCUCCUCCUCCUCCUCCCUGCGGUGCUCGCAGGAUGCGCGGGGCCGUCCCCGGGCUCAGCCUGACGCUGCUGGCGGCGGAGAGCGGCGCCCGGCUCUGUGCCAUCAUCCACUACCUUGUCCGUGGGCAGCUGGGCUGGUUCGGGCUGACCAUCGCCUGCCUGGUGCCCGGCUACGCCGCCCAGCUCCUCAGCAUCCUCUGGUUCCGGGCGGACGGACACGCACCCGGCUGCUGCCUCCUGGCGCUGCACCUCCUGCAGCUGGGCCUCUGGAAGCGGUACUGGGAUGUCGUGCGGGCGGCGGCGGAGACGGGCGGCGCUGCCGGGGAGGUGCUGGCUCAGCUCGGGGAUGUCUGUGUGCUGCGGCUCCUGGAGGCCCUGCUGCAGACCCUGCCUCACCUUCUGCUCCAGGCCUAUGUUGUGGUGGCCGUGGACCCAGCGGGCUUCAUCCCUGGUGUCAGCGCGGGGCUGUCCCUGCUGUCCCUGGCCUGGGCUCUGGUCUCCUACAGCCACUUCACCUGCCUGCUGAGGCCCGGGCACCUGAGCCCACCGGCUGCUGUCAUCCUGUGCCUGCUGCUCUGGAGGACAGGGAUGCUGGGGACCCGCGUCCUGGCCCUGGUGCUCUUUGCCAGGCUCUAUUCCUUCUGGGUUUUCGCUGUGGCAGGGGCCCACUGGCUGCUCAUGUCCUUCUGGCUGGGGGCCCAGCAGACGGAUAUCGUGGCCCAGCCGUGCCGCUGGAGGCUCUUCAACUGCCUGCUGGGGGCUGUGUACAUCUUCUGCUACAUCAAUGUCUGGCCCGGCCCCUCCAAGACCAGGGUGACCGUAUUUUAUGCAAUAAUGCUGAUGGAGAACACGCUCCUGCUGCUGUUGGGCACCCGGUUCCUGCAGGCAGAGCUGAGGAACAGUCUGACAGUGACUGGGGCUGUCAUGUCAGGGUCUGUAAUAGGUGCCACAGCGCUGGUGAUUUACUACAGCCUGCUCCAUCCCAAGUCCACAGAGAUCUGGCAGGGAUUCCUGGAGACAACCUGCGGUGCUGCAGCAGCUGGGGAUGAGGAGGUGUCUGGGGAGAGCUCCCAAGCUGGGCAGAGUUCAGGGACUUUGGGAGAUGAGGAGUCCUUGCCAGUGGAAGGGACCAAGACAGAGCCCAAAAAUGAGACCAGCUCAUCGCUGCUGCAGUCCAAAGGGUGUUUGGAGGACAGCUGGACUGACCAUCACCAUUGGCUGCUGGUGAAGCUGGCCUUGAAGACGGGAGAUCUGUCCAUGAUCAACGCAGCCUUUGGAGAUGGUGGCGUGGGAGAGGCUUUUCCUGGAGGAUGGAUGAUGGAGAAAGCCCCUGGUGUUGAGCCUGGGGCAGACUUUUCCCUCCCCAUGAGGGACAUCCAUCCCUCUGGACUGGCAGUGGGGAAUGGAGGAGGCCUCAAACCCAGUGCUGGUGCUCUGGAGAUGGCACAGGAGGAUGGAGCAGGGCAGGAGCCUGAUUUUCCCCCGUCCACGUCCCAUCCCAGUGGCUUCUCCCCGGAUUCAACCGAGAGCUCCUCUGUGUAUUUCAGUGCAAGUGCAGGAGGCAUCAUCUCACCUGGGGCAGGGACAGCCACAGCCACAAGCAUGUCCCUGGUGCAAAGGGACAGCGAGGGCUGCCUGGGAGAAGGAGGAGGAGGAAGAGGAGGGGAUUUAUCCCUUGGGAUGGCCAGCAUCAGCCCAAUCCUGGGUGCUUGUGCCCACAGGUGUCUGCAGAGAAGCUCUUCCUUUGGCAACACAGGCAGCUGUGGGGUGGCAGGUCCCCCCAAAGAGGGCUCAGAGCCCUCAGGGACAGAGGGUGCCCUUGUGGGGUCCCAUCACCUUUGGGACACCCACCCUUGUGGCCCGCCGGGGACUGUGCCGAGGAGCAAGCUGAGGUCACCGUGCUUCACCUCCACCCCUAAGGCCUGCUCUAAGUGCCCCCAGUGAGGACUGGGGGAGCCAGGAGAGGGGACAGACCUGUCUGGGUUACCAGAGUGACUCUGUAAAUGGCUGCACUGUCACCUUGGGUCAGCCUUGGGGUGACUGUCUCAUCAACAGGGUGUGGCAGGAGGUGGUGGGACAAAGACUGUCCCCACAGUGCCCUUGCCAUGGGGCAGAUGUGCUCCUCCAUCUCUGAGACAUCACCUUCCCUCACAGUACAUCUUCUACUGGCAGUCUUGAGAACUUCAAAAGCCUUAAAAGGCCCUAAAAGUCCAGGGCUGGUUAUUUAUUGAGCUUAUUUAUGUCACAGGCCUGCCAGGGAGGCAGAGCCCUCUGCCUUUGGUGUGUUUGUGACAACGACUCGAAAUGUGUCCUUUAACCAGUGCCUGCACAAGCUGCUGGCCUGUCCCAGUGUGGAGAUCUGGUUACUGACUCCAGGGGCUGCAGUGCUGGCCAAAGCAGUUUCCUCAGGACAAAUAAGUGCCUAAAUCAGAAAAAUGAUGGGGUUUACUCUCAGAUGUCCUUCCUUUGGGGCAGAGUAAGGCCUCAAGUAAGGCUCAGCAUUGCUUGAUUUUUUUCCCCCACCAGGUUUAUCUUGAGGCCUUUACCAACUCCAUUUUUGGGGGUUAUAUAGGAUUGCAGAUCCUCUUCCUGCAGACCAGAACCUCAGAACCUGGAAUGACAGCCAAAAGCCAUGUCCUGCUGCUUGCCCACUGUCCUGCUUCCCAAAGUGGUCUUUUCUCUCCAGCUUCCUCCUUGUCCUCCUCCAGCUACAGAGCACAGGACCCAGAAUUAUUUGGGUUGGAAGGGACCUUAAAGCUCAUCCAGUUCCAACCUCUGCCACAGGCAGGGACACCUUCCACUAGACCAGGUUACCAGGUUAUAGUCCACAUUUAUCUGGAUGCUCCCUCCUAAAUUUAGCCUCAGGUCAUAUCUCAAACCAGUUCUACUGCCACCAUAAAACCCCUGGUGCAGGCAGGGUUUAUUUGUGUCAGGAAUUAAAACCAUCAACACCACGGUCUCAGAAAUAGCCAGUGCUUCCCACCAAGCUGCCUGGGCAUGGAUUUGUGCCCAGGGCACAGGUUUGUGCCCAGGACAUGGUGUGACAUGUUAAUUGAGCUGUGAUCAGCUGGAUUCACCACCAAGCUCCUGAGUGCCAGCUGGAGCACAUCUGGCUGUGCUCUCCAGCUGUUGCCCCACCGUGGGCAGGACUCUGGUGCUGCCACAGGGCAGGAAAGGCAGCAGGAAGGGCACAGGCAUGUGAUUAAAUAUUAAAAAAAGCUUUCAUGGUGCAUCCACUGCUCAGGGCUGACCCAGCCAGAUGUUCCCUCAGGGCACAGAAAACCCAGUUGGUGCUGAGCAUGGAGUGAAGCCACAUUCCAAGGGGAUGAAGGCUCCCUGUCUCCAUCUGGACCCCAGCCCCCAGUGCUGUGGCAGUGCUCUGCAGGCAGGAGUAGUUCCAGUGGCUUUUCCAGAGCCCUUCUCACUGUGUGGAUCACACAGAAGGCAGCGGUGCUGCCGGGCCGUUAACAGGAAUUUUUAUCUAGCUUGUUUUUCUACUUUUGAUAAUAUAUGAUUAUGCUUGAAAACACCCCAAACCAGCCUUUGCUGUGUCUGUGUCUCGUGUUGGGGGAGAAAAUAAGUGUGGAGGGAUCUCUCUUCCUGCUCUUGGCUGUUGCAGCCCCAGGAUGAGCUGCCUGUCAGGAUUUCCAGUGGGAGGGUGAGGAAGGGACCUGGGCAACAGGAUCUGAGUAAAUGGCAUGAAAAUAUGUCAGGGAAGGUUAAGGAUGGGUGUAGAAAAAUAUUCAGCCAGCAUGAAACUGUCCCACAGGCCAGUCAGAAAAGAAACAGACAAUUUUGAGAAAGUAAAGAAUACUUUUGUGCACGGGAUCAGGUGUAAACGUGGACUUUGAUUCUCACAGCACAUCCACAGUGCAAAGGUGCACCGUGAGCUGAUAGCUCUGACCUCGGAUGAGGUGGUUGUGGAAAUCCUGGAUAGAUCAAGGAAUGGCAGAAGAGGAGGGGAGAAUCUGGGGACAGAGGGUGCACAAGGACUGGGGUAGGGAUGAUGGUGUUUGUGUGAGGGCUGUGUUCCCAUGGCUUUGCUCCCUGAGGAUGAGAGUUGGUCACUGGUGAGUCAUGCUCCCCUUCACCUUCUCCUUGGGAGCAAUUAGGUGGGAUAAUAUGGAUUGUCUGUCCUUAAAGGCUUCCAGCCUGUGUGAGAGCCCUGUGGCACCUAUGUCCUGCGUGCUUGUACAGUCCCAGCACCGAGUCACAGAUCACCUGUAUUUAAGUAGAGAAUCCCAAAAUGGGUUGGGUUGGAAGGGACCUUAAAGAUCCUCUCAUUCUAAUCCCCUGCCAUGGGCAGGGACACCUUCCACCAUUCCAGGUUGCUCCAAGCCCCAUCCAACCUGGCCUGGGACAUUUCCAGCAAUGGGACAACCACAGCUUCUCUGGGCACCCUGUGCCAGGGCCUCCCCACCCUCACAGGGAAGGAUUUCUACCCUACAUCCCAUCUAAACCUAUUCUUUAGUGAAUUCUAAAGCCCUGUUUGAAGUAGGAGGACUCCAGAAGCAAAUCACAGCU